UUGGUCCACGCGAGUUUGGCCGACACAGCGCCACAUGGGUGUGUGUCUGGAACUACACUGACAUUCACCGAUAUAUCGCGUCACAUUUGGGUGAAAUUGUGAAAGUUCACACAACAUCGCUUCUCCGGCCCUGAAAUUCUCACCGCUGUUGCAUCACUCUGGGCACAUUUGGGGUCAUGGGCACGCAGCGCAACCUGCCGAACUCCAAGGAGGCCCUGCUGAAGUCCUACAACACGCGCCUGAAGGAUGACGUGAAGAGCAUGCAGGAGAACUUUGAAGAGAUACUGAAGCUUGCCAAGGGUGAAAAUGAUAGUCAACUCUCGAAGAUCACCCAAUGCGAGCAGGACACAUAUGAGAUGCAAGUCCGGGCGGCAAAUAUCGUGCGCGCGGGCGAGAGUCUCAUGAAAUUGGUCUCGGACAUUAAGCAGUAUUUGAUUCUCAAUGAUUUCCACUCAGUCAACGAGGCGAUCACCACAAAUUCCCAAUUCUAUCGCUCCACACAAGCGGAUUGCGACAAGAAGCUGAUGAACCUGCGAGACGACAUGGCGGCUGAUCUCUAUGACCUCGAGGAGGAAUAUUAUACUAGCGUUUAUAAGUGAUUUUCGCAGAAAUGCACUUGUUUUAGCAUGA